GUACAUCAGCCCAUGGAGGUCUUGUUUAAUCUACCUCCGCCUAUAUAUCUACAGGGGCGGCUAGGGUUUCGCCUACGCGCCGCCGCUCUUGCAUCCUUCACCUGCCAGAGAGGAGAGAGGCCGGCGAUCUUCGGCCACCAACAAGAUGGGGAAGACCCGUGGUAUGGGAGCUGGGCGUAAGCUCAAAACUCACAGGAGGCGGCAGAGGUGGGCGGACAAAGCAUACAAGAAAAGUCAUCUCGGGAAUGAGUGGAAGAAAAGAUGCAUCGAAGCCAAGCAGCCCAACUCCGCCAUCCGAAAGUGUGCUAGAGUUCAACUGAUCAAGAAUGGAAAGAAAAUUGCAGCCUUUGUUCCGAACGAUGGUUGUUUAAAUUUCAUCGAAGAAAAUGACGAAGUCUUGAUCGCUGGUUUUGGACGGAAGGGACACGCGGUGGGUGAUAUUCCCGGAGUGCGGUUCAAGGUGGUGAAGGUUUCGGGUGUGUCGCUGUUGGCGCUAUUCAAGGAAAAGAAGGAGAAGCCUCGCUCUUAACUUAUAAUAAUUGCUUUACUGGGUUUCCAGAUGAAUCAGUCAGCCAUUUGCUUGACUCGUCAUUCAGCACUUUUUCCUAGUCGACGGUGAUCUGUUUUCUUUUUUUGUUUUUUGUUUCCAGAUGGUCAGACAUUUGUUUUCAUUAUUAGCGUUUUAACCACUGAACGAAUCACACGGGCUAUGCUAUUUUUAUUGAACCGAUGACUUUAUAUUAUGUGUUAUGGAGAUAAUCUGACUCAUCGUCCAUUCGCUUGCCAAA